UUUCUUUUAAAAACACGUGUUUACGUGUGGAGCUCAUGUCGAGCUCUGUUUUAUUUAUAAGUGUAAUAAAAUAAACCAAAAUGAGUUUAUAUAACUUUAAAAAGAUCGCUGUAGUCCCUACAGCAAAGGACUUCAUAGACAUAAUAUUGUCUAAAACACAGAGGAAAACUCCCACAGUGGUGCAUAAACAUUAUAAAAUAUCCAGGAUUCGUGCGUUUUAUAUGCGAAAAGUGAAAUUUACUCAACAGAACUUCCACGACCGUCUUUCUAGGAUUAUUCAGGAAUUCCCCAAGCUAGAUGAUGUGCAUCCGUUCUACGCAGAUCUUAUGAAUGUAUUGUAUGAUAAGGAUCACUACAAGCUUGGUCUCGGACAGCUGAACACAGCUAGACAUCUUAUCGAUACUGUGGCCAAGGAUUACGUGCGUCUUCUGAAGUACGGAGACUCGCUGUACAGAUGCAAGCAGCUGAAGAGAGCGGCCCUCGGUCGCAUGGCCACUAUCAUGAAGCGACAGGCCGCCAACCUCACGUAUUUGGAACAGGUCCGCCAGCACUUGGCUCGUCUGCCGUCCAUCGAUCCUUAUACUCGCACGAUCAUCAUCUGCGGGUUCCCCAACGUUGGAAAGUCCAGUUUUAUCAACAAGAUCACUCGAGCUGAUGUUGAAGUACAACCAUACGCGUUUACAACGAAAAGUUUGUACGUAGGACACACAGACUACAAAUAUUUGAGAUGGCAGGUGAUAGACACGCCGGGUAUCCUGGACCACCCGCUGGAGGAGCGCAACGUUAUAGAAAUGCAAGCAGUGACCGCUUUGGCCCAUCUCCGCGCCGCCAUACUGUACUUCGUCGACCUGUCCGAGCAGUGCGGCCAUAGCAUACAAGAACAGAUCUCCCUCUUCGAAAGUAUAAAGCCGCUGUUCAGUAACAAGCCACUGAUAGUGGUUCUCAAUAAAAUGGACGUCGUGACUCCUGAGGAUCUGCCGCCGAACAAGAAACAGAUCGUGGACCAGCUUCUCGAGACAUGCGCCAAGGGAAAUCUUGUCAACGCGGACCCGAACUCCGAUCUAUCAGUGGUGCCAGUGAUGCGUAUGUCGACUAUAACGGAGGAAGGCGUGCAGGAGGUCAAGAUAGAGGCAUGCGAGAGGUUGUUGGGACACAGAGUCACUGAGAAAAUGAGGACCAAGAAGGUCGAUGGCAUCCUAAACCGUCUUCACGUAGCAGUCCCAGCUCCCCGAGACAACAAGGCCCGGCCCGCCGUCAUCCCGCCUUCAGUCCUCGCCAAGAAACAACAGCAGGCCGACAAGGCCCGCAAGAGGAAACUCGAGAGGGACAUUGAAGUUGAAGAGGGAGAUGACUAUGUCCUUGAUCUGCAGAAGAACUACAGCGAGAUCCCGGAGGAGGAGCGUCACGACCCCAUCCCGGAGUUCUGGGAGGGACACAACAUUGCGGACUAUAUCGACCCCGAUAUAUUCGACAAAUUGGCUGAGUUAGAACGCGAAGAGGAGUUGCGUAUCGAGGGAGGAAUGUACGCUGUGCCCAAGAUAGAGCUGGACGAUACUAUGAAGGAGAUUAGAGAACUCGCCAGGCAGAUACGCAACAAGAAGGCGAUCCUAAAGGACGAAUCUCGGUUGGUGAAACAGUCGACGAAGCCGGUCAUGCCGCGAACCAGCCGCGCCCGCGCCAGGGACCGCUCCACCGGGAAACUCAGGGAGGAAAUGGAGAAACUCGGCGUGGACAUGUCGGACACGAAGGACGCCCACUUCACGCGGUCUCGGUCCCGCUCCCAGUCGGCGCCGGCCGCCAAGCGCGCGCGCGCCGACUCCCGCGGCCGUUCCGUCAGCAGACCCGCCCGAGACACCACCGGCGUUGGAGACGCUCUUAUGCAACAAAAAGCGAAGAAGCUCGCCCACGUUGCGAUCGCGAAGAAAACCAAGCGAAUGGGUCUCAAGGGAGAGGCGGACAGGUUCAUCGGGACGAAGAUGCCCAAACAUCUGUUUGCGGGCAAACGAGGGGUGGGCAAGACCGACAGGCGAUAGGCAAUGCCUGGGCAACGCCGGGACACAGUCUAGACAAAGCGAAGUUGUGUGUACAUCAAUUACAAAUUACAUAUUUCAAGGCUCUUUCCAAAUAUUGGUUUUAUUUUUGCAUCUACAGUUUGCAAGGGGAUUUAAACCCCUCUUUAUCUCAGAAAGACUACAGUUCAGUAUUUUUUUUUCUUUUUGUGUUUUUCUGUAUAGUGGAAAAUAAUUGCGGC